AUAGGGACCUUACAAUAGCAACAGUGAAGUCAAUCAAACUGAAGCAAACAAAAGUAAGGUAACCCAAAACCUAAUAAAAUGAGACAUCUAACUCUGUAUGAAGCUUAUCCACUGUUAUCUUUUUUCCAUAACAACCUACUUCUUCAUUAUUUUUGAUACCUACCGUAUUUCCGCGCAUAUAAGCCGAGGCUUAUUAAUGAAACCUUCACUUAAAAGCGCAUUUUUCCUCACUUUAGAUUAGCACUAUGUGCUUCCACACUCGUUAAAAAACAGGUUUUUUCAAUGUACUUCUAUGUAAUUGCUUAUCAGUGUUCUUAUUUAUGAAGAUAAACAUGGACUUCGCAGUGAGGAAUUUCUGUUGAUAAGCACAAUGCUUAUAUGUUCGGAAAUACGGUAAUCAUUUUUAGUAUUUUUUCUCAUUUUUAAGCAAUAGGUAGCAUCAACAAUACGUUAGUCCACAAUUGAAACAUGUGCAUAAUUUGAUGUCCUUAUUGGUUGCAAGUUGAUAAAGCGAGGCCGAUAAACAUAAUCAUUGGAAAUGAUGAAAAACAUUUCAAUCUUCAACGUUUAUUUUCAACUCAUAAGUGAAUCUCUGUGAAUUGAGUGAUUUUAUGAUCAACUAUGGAUAUUGAUGGGUGUUUAUCGAAUCUGGAACGACAUACAAAUACUACCUCAUAUAAUGGAAUCGACGAACCGUCAGUGCUAUCAAUACCAUCACCUUUAAUGUCAUUACAGUCAUUACCCCACCUUGAUCCAAAUUAUGUUGAAAAUUAUUUAAACGAAGAAAGUGGUAAAGUAUUGGAUGUUGGCCAGAUCAAGGAGUUUUCUCAAGCUAUCGAUGCUUAUUUUGCUUCAAACCAUGACACCCAUGAAAUUGGUCCACUACCAACCGAAGAUUCAUCUUCAACCAUUCAAAGUUCACCUAGCAGUUCUUGUUUUAACACAUGUAAUCCAAGCUGUAACUCACCUUGUAAUAUACAUUUUAACUCGCCACGAAACUCAUCUCGUUAUUCAUCAUCAACACAAUUGAAACAUUUGUCAAAUAUUAAUCCAGACUAUCGUCAUGUAAAGAUAGCCUGUCCCAAGUUCAAGAGUAAACUAACACUGGCUAAUGACAUUUCAAAAGUGAAAGAACCAUGGAUAUCUCAUGUUGCUAAGCAAAUUUUAUCUGUAUAUUAUUCACCAUUGAGUUUAAAAUCAGAAUUCAUCUCAAACCAGACAAUGUUGGAUGCAUUUGAGUCUGUAGCAGUUCAAGAAGUAGCUCAAGCUUUCAAGACAACAGCCUUCGUCAAUCCUCAUAAUGAUAUUGGUUUCAUAGAAAGUCAUUUUUUCUCUGACCCAACUCCGCCUGAGCUUGUUUCUACUUGUGAAAAGAUACGCGCUUUUAGGAAACUACCCACUGAUGACAAAGUGACACUUCUUAAAAGUGCGUUUCUUGACUUCAAUGCAUUAAAAGGAGUAAUCGUCUUUGAUCCAGAAGUCGAUGGUUGGGUUUAUGGAGGGAAAGUUUGGUCAAGAAAAUGGUUUUACGAAAUAAAUCCAGCGCAAACCAGAAGAUUGGAUCAUAUCAUUGAAACCUUUCCUAAUUUGCUUCGAAAUGAUCUCAACGCUAUCGCCUUACUUUAUACAAUUGGCCUUUUUAAUCCUGAUUUGGUUAAAUUGAAGUUUCGGAGCACAGUAAGGCGAGAGCGAUACACUUACAUUUAUCUGCUUAAACGGUAUCUGACCGCUUACUUUGGUUCCGACUGUGAAGCGUCAGACACUCUUUAUCGUUUGAUGGUUAAAAUUGAUGAAAUUGUCGAACUUAGAAGAGGAACUGCGAAAUAUUUCGAUAGCUAUCAACCUGGUUGUUCAACAAUAAUGACAAAUCAUGUGGCUCACUUAGUUCAAUUCAAAAGCCUUUAAUAUUCUAGAAAUACAAGGUUUCUGCUGAAGUUAAGCUAUGAAUUGAAACAAACCUGAUGGGCACAUUAAUAUCAACAGUGCAAAUUGCAUUCAUCUCAGUCCGCAUCGCUUAAGCGCUAAAAAAGUUUUUUUCACUCAUGAACCUUCAAAAAUUUUUGCAGUAGCCAAUUUAAUGAUUCUUAAUAUUACACUCUCAUUAACAAGAUUUGAAUUCAAUCUGAACUUAUUUUUUCUUUUUUCUUUAUAUAGUGGAGAUACAAAAAUAUUAAUAGAAAGGGAUUUUCGUUUAACUGUGAGAUUUAUAAACAUGUCGAUAGUAACUGGACUGGCAUGAACAUCAAAGAUGCUACAUGUUAGCCUGUAAAAAGGGUUAAGCCCUUCUUCAUCUACACAAUAAUCGGCAGGUUCAUUCAAAUUUGUAAAAAAAAUAAAACUCAACUUCAAAGC